AUGGAUAAUCCGUCGCCAAAGGUGUACGUCACGCGCGCGCGAACGACGGGAGCGGCGUCGCGAGGGGCGAGAGGGCGAGAGGAAUCGAGGGAGGAUGGGCGAGACGCGUUCGACGCGAGAGAAAUCUUCGAACACGUGCGAGACAUCAACGAUCCGGAGCACCCGCACUCGUUGGAGGCGCUGGGGGUGGUGCGUGAGGGUGAUAUCGCGGUGGAUGACUCGAAGAAUCGAGUCAAGGUGGAGUUCACGCCCACGGUGCCGCACUGCUCGAUGGCGACGCUCAUCGGGCUGAGCAUACGGGUCCGGUUGCUCCGGACGCUCCCGAGACGGUUCAAGGUGGAUGUGUUGAUCGCUCCGGGGACGCAUACGAGUGAGAAGGCGGUGAAUAAGCAGUUGAACGAUAAGGAGCGCGUGGCGGCGGCGCUGGAGAAUGCGAAUUUGUUGGAGAAGGUGGACCUGUGUCUGAGCGGCAAGACGGCGAUUUGA